AUGACGGAAAAAUCAUUUUUUGAACUAUUAUCCGACCAUGAAGACUUGUACUCAUUCUUCUCACUUACAUCAAAUGCGACAUCAGCAGAAAUAAAAAAAGCAUAUCAUAAACUUGCACUUCAAUAUCAUCCUGAUAAACACACCACAUCAUCUGAAGAAAUCUGUGCUGAAGCUACGCGUAAAUUCCAAGCACUUGGUUUCGCAUAUGAAAUACUUUCUGAUCCUAAAAAACGUGAAAGAUAUGAUAAAACUGGUGAGACAGAUAAUAGUCUCGAAGGUCUGGAAGAUUUGGGAAAAGAAGGGUGGGAUGCUUAUUUUAAAGAAUUAUGGUCUGGAUCUGAAGAAGAACAUGAUGAUCUUAUUGAGGCUUAUAAAAAAUUCAAAGGUGAUAUGGACUUAAUCAUGAGUGAUGUGUUAUGCGCAACUAUAGAUGAUGAACCACGAUUUUGUAAUAUUAUUAAAGAAGCAGUAGCUUCCAAUGAAAUUAUACUAUAUGAAAAAUUUACUGAAUCAACCAACAAGACCGCAACAAAAAGACGUAAGAAGGAGGCUAACAAAGAAGCUAAAGAAGCAAAGAAAUAUGCAAAAGAAUUAGGUUUAAAUCAAAAUUUAUUAGGUACUAAAGAAGGUGAGGAUGAACUUCAACAACUUAUAAUUAAAAAGUAUGAAAAACGAUCAAGUUCAUUUCUUGAUCAAUUAGAAGCUAAGUAUUGCAAUGAAA